AUGAAACGGCGCGGAGUCCGCCUGGCCGCGGGCUUCUUCCUCCUGGCCCUGAGCCUUUGGGGGCAGCCGGUAGAGGCUGCGGCUUGCUAUGGGUGUUCUGCAGGAUCAAAGUGUGACUGUAGUGGUGUAAAAGGAGAAAAGGGGGAGAAAGGAUUUCCAGGAUUGGAAGGCCAUCCAGGUUUGCCUGGAUUUCCAGGUCCUGAAGGUCCUCCAGGGCCUCUGGGACAAAAGGGUGAUGAUGGAAUUCCAGGACCACCAGGACCAAAAGGCAUUAGAGGUCCUCCUGGACUUCCUGGAUUUCCAGGGACACCGGGCCUUCCUGGAAUGCCAGGCCAUGAUGGGGCCCCAGGACCUCAAGGUAUCCCUGGUUGCAAUGGAACCAAGGGAGAACGUGGAUUUCCUGGCCGUCCCGGUUUUCCUGGUUUACAGGGUCCUCCAGGACCUCCUGGUAUCCCAGGCAUGAAGGGAGAACCAGGUAGUGUAAUCAUGUCAUCACUACCAGGACCAAAGGGUAAUACGGGAUAUCCAGGUCCUCCCGGAAUACAAGGUCCAGCUGGUCCUACUGGUAUACCAGGACCAAUGGGUCCCCCAGGACCACCAGGUUUAAUGGGUCCUCCUGGUCCACCAGGACUUCCUGGACCAAAGGGCAAUAUGGGCUUAAAUUUCCAGGGACCCAAAGGUGAAAAGGGUGAACAAGGUCUUCAAGGGCCCCCUGGACCACCUGGGCAGAUCGGUGAACAGAAAAGGACAAUUGAUCUAGAGUUUCAGAAAGGAGAUCAGGGACUACCCGGUGAGCAAGGGCCCCCUGGACCUCCAGGAAUACGUGGUCCUCCAGGUCCUCCAGGGGGUGUGAAGGGUGAGAAAGGUGAACAAGGAGAACCAGGCAAAAGAGGCAAACCAGGAAAAGAUGGAGAGAGUGGUCAGCCAGGAAUUCCAGGUUUGCCAGGUGAUCCUGGUUACCCUGGUGAACCAGGAAGGAAUGGAGAAAAGGGCCAAAAAGGUGACAUUGGUCCAACUGGGCCUCCAGGACUUGUAAUUCCCAGGCCUGCAACAGGUGUAAAUGUAGGAGAAAAAGGAAGCAUUGGGUUACCUGGCUUGCCUGGAGAAAAAGGAGAAAAGGGAUUUCCUGGUAUACAGGGUCCACCUGGUCUGCCUGGGCCUCCAGGAGCUGCAGCUAUGGGUCCUCCUGGCCCUCCUGGCUUGCCUGGAGAAAAGGGCCAGAAAGGUGAUGAAGGUCUACCUGGAAUUUCCAUUCCUGGAUCUCCUGGACUUGAUGGACAGCCUGGACCUCCUGGCCUUCCUGGUCCUCCUGGGCCUCCUGGGCCUCCUGGUCCUCCUAGUGAUGAGAUUUGUCAGUCAGGCCCACCUGGUCCUCAAGGACCUCCAGGUGAUAAAGGACUUCGAGGAGAACAAGGAGUGAAAGGUGACAGAGGUGACACUUGCUUCAACUGUAUUGGAACUGGUAUUUCUGGGCCUCCUGGUCAACCUGGUUUGCCAGGUCUUCCAGGUCCUCCAGGAUCUCUUGGUUUCCCUGGACCAAAAGGUGAAAAGGGGCAAGCUGGUACAACUGGUCCCAAAGGACUAACAGGAAUACCAGGGGCUCCAGGGGCUCCAGGCUUUCCUGGAUCUAAAGGUGAACCUGGUGACAUCUACACUUACCCAGGAAUGAAGGGUGACAAAGGAGAGUUGGGUCCCCCUGGAUCUCCAGGACUUCCUGGUUUACCUGGGACUCCUGGACAGGAUGGAUUGCCAGGACUUCCUGGCCGCAAAGGAGAACCUGGUCAAAUUGCUUUUAAGGGUGAAAGAGGUCCCCCUGGGAACCCAGGUUUGCCAGGUCUCCCAGGGAACAUGGGGCCUAUGGGCCCUCUUGGCAUUGGGCCUCCAGGCCCAGUAGGUGAAAAAGGCAUAAAAGGUAUGGCAGGAGGUCCAGGUCAGCCAGGAAUUCCAGGUCAAAAGGGUGAUCCAGGUCAGACCAUAACUCAGCCAGGGAAGCCUGGCCUACCUGGUAACCCAGGUAAAGAUGGUGAAGCAGGUCUUCCAGGUGAACCUGGACUCCCAGGACAGCCAGGCUUGCCAGGACUACCUGGCAGCAAAGGAGAACCAGGCAUGCCUGGAAUUGGACUUCCUGGACCUCCAGGUCCCAAAGGUUAUCCUGGAAUUCCAGGACCCCCAGGAGUACCUGGGAUACCUGGAAGAAGUGGUGUAGAAGGUCCUCCUGGGCUACCAGGCUUUCCAGGUCCAAAGGGAGAACCAGGAGUUGCUUUACCUGGACAACCAGGACCUCCAGGACUCCCAGGCAUCAAAGGAACACUUGGCCCAAAAGGGGACCGAGGUUUCCCAGGUCCUCCAGGUCCUCCAGGACAAACUGGCUUGGAUGGAAUGCCUGGAUCUAAAGGUGACAUUGGAGCAAAUGGACAACCUGGACCAAUGGGACCUCCUGGGCUGCCAGGAAUAGGUGUUCAGGGACCACCAGGACCACCAGGUAUUCCUGGACCAGCAGGGCAGCCUGGCUUAAAAGGAAUACCAGGAGAGAAGGGGGAUUCAGGACCUCCUGGAUUUGAUGUUCCAGGUCCCCCUGGUGAGAAAGGCAGUCCAGGGAUCCCUGGAGCACCUGGUCCUGUGGGACCUCCAGGAUCACCAGGGCUCCCAGGCAAAGCAGGUGCCACCGGUUUUCCAGGUGCCAAAGGUGAAAUGGGUGUUAUGGGACCUCCAGGCCCACCAGGACCUUUGGGAAUUCCAGGAAGGAGUGGUGUUCCUGGUCUUAAAGGUGAUAAUGGCUUUCCGGGGCAACCAGGACUUCCUGGCCCUGCAGGAGAAAAAGGUAGUAAAGGAGAGCCUGGCCUUCCAGGUCCCCCUGGACCAAUGGAUCCAGAUCUGAUAGUCUCAAAAGGAGAGAAGGGGGACCCUGGUUUACCUGGAUUUCCUGGAGUUUCUGGGCCAAAAGGUCAUCCUGGCUUACCUGGAGACCCAGGACAACCUGGAUUAAGUGGGGAGCCUGGAUUACCAGGACCCUCAGGUCCUAAGGGUGAACCUGGUGUCCCAGGGCAUCCAGGACGUAUGGGACCUCCUGGACUUAAAGGAAACAUGGGUGAGAUGGGGUUUCCAGGACCUCAGGGUCUGAAAGGAUCAUCUGGACCUCCUGGUGUUCCUGGACAACCUGGCUCCCCAGGACUAACAGGACAGAAAGGAGAAAAAGGUGAUACAGGUGCUUCUGGCAGUCGUCUUCCAGGUCUGCCUGGCCCAAAGGGUGAACCUGGUCUGCCUGGAUAUCCAGGUAACCCUGGUAUGAAAGGUUCUGCAGGAGUUACUGGUUUGCCUGGAGCAAAAGGAGAACCUGGAGCAAAGGGGCAACCAGGCCUUCCUGGAUUCCCUGGAACCCCAGGCCUUCCUGGACCAAAGGGUAUUAAUGGUCCUCCUGGGAAUCCUGGCCUUCCUGGAGAACCUGGUCCUGUAGGUGGCAGAGGUCAUCCUGGGCAACCAGGGCCUAUAGGUGAAAAAGGCCAACCAGGUCAAGAUGGUAUUCCUGGGCCAGCUGGACAGAAAGGUGAACCAGGUCAACCAGGCUUUGGAAUCCCAGGACCCCCUGGACUUCCAGGACUCUCUGGUCAAAAGGGUGAUGGAGGAUUACCUGGAAUACCAGGAAAUCCUGGCCUUCCAGGCCCAAAGGGUGAACCAGGCUUUCAUGGUUUCCCUGGUGUACAGGGUCCCCCAGGCCCUCCUGGUUCUCCAGGCCCAGCUCUGGAAGGCCCAAAAGGCAGUCCAGGUCCCCAAGGUCAUCCUGGGAGACCAGGUCCUACAGGUUAUCAAGGUCAACCAGGGCCAGAAGGUCCUCGUGGUCUCCCUGGAAAUGGAGGUAUUAAGGGAGAGAAAGGAAACCCAGGCCAACCUGGGCAACCUGGUUUGCCUGGAUUGAAAGGAGAUCAAGGACCACCAGGACUCCAGGGUGAUCCUGGUCGUCCAGGUCUUAAUGGAAUGAAAGGAGAUCCAGGUCUCCCUGGUGUACCAGGAUUCCCAGGCCUGAAAGGACCCACUGGAGUACCUGGUUCAACUGGCCCUGAAGGAAAUCCUGGACCUAUGGGGCCUCCUGGUCCCCCUGGAUUACCUGGUCCUUCCGGACAAAGUAUUAUAAUCAAAGGAGACUCUGGUCCACCAGGAGUCCCAGGCCAACCUGGAUUAAAAGGUCCACCAGGCCCACCAGGACCUCAAGGAUUACCAGGUCCAAUUGGCCUUCCAGGAGACCCUGGACACAAUGGGCUCCCUGGAUUUGAUGGAGCGGGAGGACGCAAAGGAGACCCAGGUCUGCCUGGCCAACCAGGUACCCGUGGUUUGGAUGGUCCUCCUGGGCCAGAUGGAUUACAAGGCCCUCCAGGUCCACCUGGAUCCUCAUCUUUCACCCAUGGAUUCCUCAUCACACGUCACAGUCAGACAACAGAUGCACCUCCAUGCCCACCAGGAACUGUCAAGAUUUAUGAUGGCUUUUCUCUUCUAUAUGUACAGGGAAAUAAAAGAGCUCAUGGCCAAGAUUUGGGGACAGCUGGCAGCUGCCUUCGUCGCUUCAGUACCAUGCCUUUCAUGUUCUGCAAUGUCAAUAAUAUUUGCAAUUUUGCUUCAAGAAAUGACUAUUCUUACUGGCUCUCCACCCCAGAGCCCAUACCUUUGAGCAUGGAGCCCUUGAAAGGACAGAACAUUAAGCCAUUUAUUAGUCGAUGUGCAGUAUGUGAAGCUCCAGCCAUGGUCAUUGCAGUCCAUAGUCAGACCAUCCAAAUUCCCCAUUGUCCACAGGAAUGGGAUUCUCUCUGGAUUGGUUAUUCCUUCAUGAUGCACUCAAGUUCAGGAGCAGAAGGUUCAGGUCAAGCUCUGGCCUCCCCUGGCUCUUGCUUGGAAGAGUUUCGUUCAUCUCCCUUCAUUGAAUGUCAUGGGAGAGGUACCUGCAACUACUAUGCCAACUCCUACAGCUUUUGGUUAGCAACUGUGGAUAUUUCAGACAUGUUUAGCAAGCCUCAGUCAGAAACGCUGAAAGCAGGAGACUUGAGAACACGCAUUAGCCGAUGUCAAGUGUGUAUGAAAAAGACAUAACAUUUUGAAGAAUGCCUGUGGUUAAUAACUGUGAUAUAUACAUAUACAUAUAUAUACAUGUUGAUGUAUAUAUAAAAUUUCCAGUGUACACUGUCUGACUUUUCCUAUCUACAAUUGCUUUCACUAAUGGUGCUACUAUAUAUGACCAAAAGAACAUGCUGGCUAGUAAACACAAAGAUUUAAAUGUACCUCAACAAUGUGCCAGAGCAAAGUCUCUAUUCUGCAUAAGAAAUAAGAAAAUAAAUUUGCUUUUUGGGUUAAGUGUGACUUUCUCCAAGAUUAUAAUAUGAAUAUUAUAUAUUUCCCAAGUAACUAAAACAACACAUUAAAAUUCAAUUAAGAGAAGACUUGCACUGAGUAGAAGGCCACAGUUUGGGAAAAGAAUGAUUUUUAUGGUGCUACUAAUCCUGUUGUAUCCCAAACUUUUAGUGUAAAUGUGUUGAGCUUAUUUUUGUCUAUAAGGGAUGUAUAUAUAAUGUAAACAACUUUUUUGCUCAACAUGUUCAUUUCUUUACAUGUGACUUGAUUUGAAUCACUUU